GGGGAGGGGCUGCUGCUCUAGGAUUUGUGAUCGCUCGCGAAGGCCCAGGGCCGACUUCGAACACUCCUCCCUCUUGCAUCGAUCUCUCUCUCUCUCUCUCUACCUUUACACCGCCGUCUUUGUCUUGUUCUACACACACACCUCAUCAUCAUCAUCACCACCAUCAUCAUCAUUAUCCCUCCAACAGUCGACGACGACGAGGAGGUUCAGAGACUGAUGCUCUCGGCCCCGGCCUUGGAACCGGCCGCGAUAUGAACGCCAGGCCGCCGCCACAACAACAACAACAGCAGCAACAACAACAGCAACAACAACAACAGCAACAACAACAACAAGCCCAGGGCGCAGGGGGUGAGAUGCCGGCCGAAGGGAGCCUGCUCUCGGGAACGGCAGGCGCCCUGUCUCUGCCAGGACAGGGCCCCAUGAGCGGCCACCCACACGCCCUCGCCCUCCCGCAGUCGGCCUCCGGCACCCCGGCGGGCCUCGGCGCGAAGAAACGUACCGGGUCGGAGUUUGACGAUGACGAAGAUGACGACGGCCCCGGCACGAGCAAGUACGCCAGGGAGAACCACAGCGAGAUCGAACGGCGGCGGCGCAACAAGAUGACGGCGUACAUCACGGAGCUGUCCGACAUGGUCCCCACGUGCAGUGCGCUGGCGCGCAAGCCCGACAAGCUGACCAUCCUGCGCAUGGCCGUGUCGCACAUGAAGUCGCUGCGCGGCACGGGCAACACGCCCACAGAGGGCGCCUACAAACCGUCCUUCCUCACGGACCAGGAGCUAAAGCACCUGAUUCUGGAGGCGGCUGACGGCUUCCUGUUUGUGGCGGCGUGCGAGACGGGCCGCGUGGUCUACGUCUCGGACUCGCUCACGCCCGUGCUCAACCAGCCGCAGUCCGAGUGGUUCGGCAGGACGCUCUACGAGCUGGUUCACCCCGACGACGGGGACAAGCUGCGCGAGCAGCUCAGCACCUCGGAGAGCGCCAUGGCCGGACGUAUACUGGACCUGAAGACGGGCACCGUGAAGAAGGACGGGCAGCAGUCGUCCAUGCGCAUGUGCAUGGGCUCACGGCGAUCCUUCAUCUGCCGCAUGCGGUGCGGCACAACUCCGGUCGACCCCCUCUCCAUGAACCGGCUCAGCCACCUUCGCUUCAGGAACGGUCUGGGCCCCGUCAAGGACGGGGAGCCGCAGUACGCCGUGGUGCACUGCACAGGAUACAUCAAGGCUUGGCCGCCCGCCGGCAGCUCAGUGGCCUCCAACCUUGGGGCUUUUUCAGGGAUGGCCAUCCCGGACGAGGAGGCGGAGGCUGGACAGGGCAGCAAGUUCUGUCUCGUGGCCAUCGGCAGGCUACAGGUGACCAGUUCCCCCAAUUGCUCGGACAUGACGGGCAUCUCCGUCCCGACGGAGUUCAUCUCGCGGCACAACAUGGAUGGGGUCUUCACCUUCGUCGACCACAGAUGCGUCAGCGUCCUCGGAUUUCAGCCGCAGGAGCUUCUUGGGAAGGACCCUGUUGAGUUCUGUCACGUCGAGGACCAGAACCACGUGCGUGACAGCUUCCAGCAGGUGCUCAAGCUGAAGGGGCAGGUGCUGUCGGUGAUGUUCCGAUUCCACAGCAAGAGCGGCGAGUGGAUCUGGCUGCGAACCAGCAGCUUCACCUUCCAGAACCCCUUCUCCGACGACGUGGAGUACAUCGUGUGCACCAACACCAACGUCAAGCAGCUGCAGCUGCAGCAGCAACACCAGCAGCCGCAAGCAGAGCUGGGCGCUCCGACGGCCAGAGCGAGCAUCGCUCACUACGAAACGACGCAGAUGCCGCUGCAGGCCGUGCCGACCGGCCCGGUGUGUGCCGAGCCGCACGGGGCCAAGCGCGUCGUGGAGAAGACGGAGCCGGUGUUCGGUGGGACUGAGCGCAGCCCACGCUUCACCGAGGUGUACCAGGGCCUGCAGCAAGCAGAUCAGAAGCUGAGCACCAAGCCCAUGGGGGGAGGAGGAGGAGUGAGCUCUGUGGAGAUGUACCAGCACAACAUGCCUUACCGGCCGGCCCACCCAGCCCAGCCAUACAAGCACCCGCACGCGCACGGCACUCCGGCGAUCGUGCCCGGGGUGAACCUGCAGGGCGGCGUGGGGAGCCAAGUCCUCGUUCAGACGCCACAGCGCCCGCCGGCAAACGGCCUGGGAGUGGCAAACGCGUGGCCCGCUACGCGGCCAGCCUUCACCGGCCAGGUUCCCAAGCCUCAGCCGCAAGCGCCGUUCUCCGUGGGGGCGCCGCCGCCGCCGCCUCCUCACGGCUUCUCGCCCCCGGCGGGGGCCUCCGUGGGCGGAGGCGGCGGCGGCGCCAUCGCCGCCAACUCCGUGGGGGGCGGCGAGGGAGUCGGGGGGGCGGGGGGCUCCUCGUCAGGGGCCCAGCGGUCGUUCAACCCCCUGCUGGGGAGCCCCACCCAGGGGGCCCCGGGGUCCACGGGGUCCCCCUACAGCGGCAUGCAGGGCGGGCGAACCGCAUACGCCGAGACGAGCCCUGGCGCCGGAUCGUACCAAUCGCGGAGAGUCGAGGGGGCAGCCAUCUGGCCGCAGUGGCCAGGGCAGCAUGGGGGGCAGGCGGGCAACGACCCUUCCCAGGGGCAGACGCAGCCCGAGGUUUUCCAGGAUGUUCUCUCCAUGCUCGGGGACCCAGCUCAGGCUGCGGGCAACUACAGCAGCGAAGAUUUCGGAGAUCUCAGCAUGUUCCCUCCGUUCACCGAGUGAACGAUAAGUUCGAAAUCCCACUCGCGUGCCCGCCCAUCUCUCGCGCUGGCAACUCUGUCCUUUAUCCUGGAGCAAUUUGGUUGUCCCGUACGGCCCACAGCUCCCUCGUUGGAAGCCCCACGUGCAGUUUCCGGCACGGUGUAGAACCGGACUCCUUCGCGGAA